UUGCUCGAUCGAUCAGGCUAGGUCCCCAACCGAGAGGAACGAACUGACCGUAGGUAUCGCAGAUCGGCGAUGGCCAUGGACGCCAAGAUCGGCAGGUUCUUCGAUGCCGUGGGCUCCUUCUUCUCCGGCGGCGAGAGCAUCCCUUGGUGCGACCGCGACGUCAUUGCCGGAUGCGAGAGGGAGGUCGCCGAGGCCGCGACCGAGGAGCACGAGAAGCAGAGCAUCAUGAGGCUGUCCUGGGCGCUCGUGCACUCGACGAACCAGGACGACGUGCUCCGCGGGAUCGGCAUGCUCCAAGCAUCUCUGCUUGGCGCGACCACCAGCCCUUUGCAGGCGAGGGAGAAGCUCUACCUGCUGGCCGUGGGGCACUACAGGAACGGCGACUACCCCAGGAGCCGGCAGUUCCUGGACCAGUGCCUCGAGAUCCAACCUGAUUGUAGACAGGCCCUGGCUCUGAAGAAGAUAGCGGAAGAUAAAAUCGCUAAAGAUGGUGUUAUCGGUAUUGGAAUAGCUACAACUGCCAUUGGUGUGCUCAUUGGGAUCGCAGCUGCUGUUGCUCGAAAAAACUGA